AUGGCGGCGGUCGAAGUUCACAAGUUCGCUCAGUGCAUCACUUGUCAUGCUUGGAGCCGUGAUCGCUCCAUGCUGGCAUUUUGUCCGAACAACAAUGAAGUUCACAUCUAUGCUCUGUUGCAAGGCAAGUGGGAGAAGCUACAUGUUCUUCAGAAGCAUGACCAAAUUGUAUCUGGGAUAGACUGGAGUGCAAGGUCGAACAAAAUAGUUACUGCAUCUCAUGAUCGGAAUUCCUAUGUCUGGAAUCUUGAAGGAUCAGAGUGGGUACCAACCCUUGUUAUCCUUCGGCUAAAUCGUGCUGCACUCUGUGUUCGGUGGAGUCCAAGAGAAAACAAAUUUGCUGUUGGAAGUGGGGCAAAAACUGUUUGUAUAUGCUACUACGAGCAAGAGAACAACUGGUGGGUCAGUAAACUUAUCAGAAAAAGACAUGACUCUUCUGUGACAAGUGUUGCUUGGCAUCCAAAUAAUAUUCUUCUUGCAACUGCAUCUACAGAUGGAAAGUGCCGAAUAUUUUCCACCUUUAUUAAGGUCGUUGACGCAAAGGAAUCAAGAACAGGCCCAUCUGCAGAUUCAAAAUUUGGAGAGCAAAUUCUUCAACUUGAUCUCUCCUUUACUUGGUCAUUUGGUGUAAGGUGGUCACCAAGUGGCAAUACCUUAGCAUAUGUAGGCCAUAAUUCUAUGAUUUACUUUGUUGAUGAUGUGGGACCUUCUCCUUUGGCUCAAAAUGUUGCAUUCCGUGAUUUGCCUCUCCGUGAUGUCUUAUUUCUUUCUGAAAGAUUAGUUAUAGGUGUGGGAUUUGAUUGCAACCCAAUGGUUUUCGUGGCAGAUGAAAGAGGAAUAUGGAGUUUUAUCAAAUUUCUGGGGGAAAGAAAGACAACAUCUUCAGGUCCAAAAUAUGGUUCACAGUUUUCUGAAGCAUUUGGAAAGCUAUAUGGCCAACCAAAACAGGGAUUCAACAAUGAUACAAAUGAGCAUUCAAGAUCACGAGCAGGGGUCCAUGAGAACUGCAUCAAUUGUAUCGUGCCGCUUGGAGAUCCAGGGAGUUCUAAAGUGAAGCGCUUCAGCACAUCGGGAUUGGAUGGAAAAAUUGUUGUCUGGGAUAUGGGGAACCAAGAAGAUUUAGCGGAGUACUUGUAA